CGACCCAAGUAAGUCGGCCCAAUAGAGCGAGCGGAAGUCGAUAUAAAUCAAUACUGAAGCAUCCUCCACACACAAAAAAAAGAAAAGAGAGAACCCGAAGAAGCAUCGCGAAACCCUAAGCUAGGCGGCGGAGGCGGAGGAUGUCAGCUCGCAACAAAAGGCCAGCGAUGGAGGUCGUCAUUGGGGAAGAAGGAAUCCUCUGGACGACCAUGCAGUCGAUUUUGGAAAUUUCUUCCGACUUGGUGCGGAUGGCAUCCUUCCUGAGGGGAUUCAGCGAAUCACAGAUCGAACACCUCGCGGAGGCGACAAAUUUCCGAGCUGUCAGCUCGCUUCUGUUCUUCAAACUCGAACCAAUACUUGUCCCAUUCGAUUCCCGCCGACCAACUUCCAAGGAGGCGGAAGAAGGCAAAUCCUAUACCACCCCCCAGAUGGAGCCUGGGCAGGAGAUCGAGAUGAUUUCUCUCCGGAUGCAGGAGAUCGCAUCCUUCUUGCAGAGCAAGGACGCAUCUGAGGCCGCAUUAAUCCUCAGGGGGAGGCCAGCCUUGUCAACGGACAUCUUCAUGCUGUUGCGCAUACUCUAUGACUAUGUGGUCAGAGUAGAUAUCGAGGGCCGAUCAUCUUACAAGGAGGCGAAGGAAGUAAAAACAAAGACCAUCUCCCAGGAGCAGGUCGAGGAGCACAUCGAACAGUUCUGUGUCCAGAUGGAGGAGGUGUCAUCUCUUUUGAGGGAGAAAAUUGAACUGGCAGCUGCAUUCUGUUGUACUAUCAGAGAGACGAAAGGCGAUGUGAAGCUGAGGAUUAACUUCUCCGAGCGCACUUUACAACUGCCGCACAACAUGUCUGAAUUGAAAUCAUUUCUUCUCGAGCUUGAACCUGCAGCUGACCACCAACCGGAUGAGGACUCGGAGUAUGAUGAUGCGGAGUAUCAGGGGGUAAUCAACUGGGAGGAGAUGUUGUCUGCCCAAAAACGACUGAUCGAGAAGGAAUCUGCUGAGGAGAUGAUCCGCGACAAGCUGCCCUUAAUACCCUACCGACAAGAGUAUAAGUAUUUGGAGAGGGAGGAGGAGACAGAGGCGACAAAAUCAGCCAAGGAGCAAAUUGCAAUGGAAUUGAAGAUCUUUGCCGACUACCGUAAGGGCAUGGAACAUCUAACCCACGGCGGCUCCUUCGAAGCCACGACCAGAUUGAGUCCCAUGCACUAUACACACUGCACUCCCGGGGUACAUAUAGGUUAUCCCCAUGCUACCCCCGAGAGCAGCCUUCAAAUCUUUUCCUUCAAGAUUGUGGAGAUCAAGGGUGACCUGAAGUGGCCGAUUUGUGUGUAUGGCAUGGUGAAUGCCAGGGAUAGCGUGGAUCGCAACCGGAAUAUUCUCUUUCGUCGAACGAGGGACAACUACCAAGAAGUUACCCAAGAUGAUUCUUUUUUGCACUUGACCGGCCCAUCUCGAGGUAUUGUUGCUGUGGACCCACUUGAGUUUGAAGUUCAACUAAGAGUCAAGGGCAUAUCAGAGUCUCGAGACAGAUCCUUGAUUAGCCAAAGAUACCAUUAUGCACAUGGUGAAGGGACUCAACUCCGUACCCUUAGAUUUGACAACUGUCUUUGCACAGCUGAGUUGAACUUGGAGCAAGUUGCAAAUUCUGUUCAGGCGACUAUCUUGGGUGUGCGGAUCCUUGAGGGAGGACCGUGCACUUUCGAGUAUGGAGGUCGAGUUGCGUGCUCCUCGCCGCUUCAUGAAGUGGCUCUCUUAGAUUGUAGUGAAGGCAUUGUUUUUGGUGUUAGUGAUUGUACAUCAACUCAGGUGGUUCUUCUUGAUUCCAAUCAUUGUGAUGGUGGGAAGCUGCCAAUGGGCAAAGAUGGUUACUUUGAUCUGUCAAGGCGUGUUGUUUCGGUGCAAUUACAGAGAAACCAUAUCUAUUAUCCAGAAAAGUCAGAAGGAAGCCUGAAAAUUGUGGUGCAAGCCUACUCACAGAAAGGUGUUCCUGUUGCUGAAGGUCAUGUCAAGUUUAGGCCCAAACUUUGCAACAUAAGUCAAGCUGUCUGUGAUGUUGGGGACACUAAAGUAGAGAUCACUGUUGCUUGGUCAGUGUUUGUGUUAGGCCAGUGGUCUUUUUCGGGAUAGGGAUGGUUCUGGGCAUGAAUUUUAUGGACUAUGAUAAUAUGUUUUGCCAGUGGUUUGCUUGUGCUUUUAUGCUUUGGACAACUAAUUUGUGAUUGGAUCAGCUAUGUAAGGGAUAGGGAUGGUGCUGGGCAUGAAUCUUAUUGACUAUGAAUCUUAUUGCCACUGGUUUGUUUGUUCAAGCUUCUGUGCUUUGGACAACUUGUUUGUGAUUGGAUCAGCUAUGUAAGAUGCACUUAUGUUGUGAACUGUGAAUUAUCUCUCUUUUGAUUUCUA